UUUUGAACAUUUUCGGGAUGGAAACUGUAUAAAUUUUUGAUUUUUUUCUCCGAAAAUCGAUAAAUUUCGAUAAAAACCCUAAAAAUCGCCAUUAUCCACGAUGCUAGCCCACGAUUUCGUCAAAAAAGACGACAGAAACUUCACUCCAACGCAAUCUUCGAGAUCAGCGUCAUAUUUCGUUGUGCUAGUGCUCACCAAAAUUCUACGAUGUAUUGGAGUCUUUUUCGUGGAUAUUCUCGCGAAAAGCUCGCAUAUUGUGAAUCUUCUGUGGCUUUGUAAAAUAAUAUGUACAUGUAUCCUAUUCCCCCUGCAAAAGCCUCUUUCAGCCGGAAAAUCACUGAAAAGAGGCAUAAUGCCCAUGGUUUUGAAGCUUUCCCUGAUGAAUAGCGUUAUCGAAGUAUUCUGGUUUUAUGGAAUCACACUUUGUGGACCAUUACGGAGUGUUCUUGUCUUUGAGCUCAGUUCAACUGUGCUUUUAUCGGCGGUUGUCUCAUUUUUCAAGGGCGGAAAUAUGUCAACUCCCUCCAAAACACGUGGAUUUUUCCUGUUAAUUGUCGGAUUUGUGGCGCUUUUCCUUAUGGAUAGAGACGGAACUAUUGAGGAUCCACAUCACACCACCCACGCCCACCACAGUGGCCUCAACCACCUCUUCUAUCAUUUAAUUGGACUUUUCGGAAUGGCUGAUCAUAAAGGAGGUCUAUGUAUUCUGCUAAUCUCACUGCUUCUCCGUACCGGCUACGAGACGUCUUUCCGGCAUUUAGCUGUAGAAGUUGGCGGUGCAAAGAGGCUUCACACACUUGUUACGGCUGGAAGUGCUGUCUGCCUAACGCCUGUAGCCGUACUAUCAUGGGCUCUUUCCUCAAGCUCCGGAGCUUCGAUAGGCUAUUUCCACUACGCUGCUCUUCUCGUAAUCAUUGCUGUAUUUGUGUUUGUACUCGAUUUCUACGCUGAAAGUAUAUGCUUCCAACACGUUGCUGAUCCAGUUAUGGCUGCAGCUCGUUGGUCCUCUGUUACCAUGUUCUCGUGUGCAUUUGGGCUCGCAUACCUUUGGUAUGGAAGCCAAAAUCUCGGAGAUCAUGCGUUGACUGGCGGUGUUUCGAUCACUGUUGUUUGCUUUAUUUUGGCCUCAAUCUCGCUGACACACUCGAAUCAGCCAAAACACCGAGGUGGUCAUUUCGUUGGAAUCUCGAAUACAGGACUACCAUUAUUCACGUAUGGAGAAGCUUUCCUGCAGAGAACCUCCAAAUCUUUGAUGCUUUUUAUGAAGGAAACCCUAAAUGAAAUCCUUAUGAACAACGAUUCCCGUCGGAUAUUCUGGUUUCUUUGUGUGAAUCUUGGCUUUUGCGGAGUCGAAUUUCUCUAUGGAUUCUGGACGAACAGUUUAGGAUUGAUUUCUGACGGGUUUCAUAUGCUAUUCGAUUGUAGUGCACUUGUCAUGGGACUUGUUGCGUCGGUUAUGGCACGGUGGCCACCUACGAGACACUUUACAUUUGGUUUUGGACGUGUUGAGAUUCUCUCCGGCUUCAUCAAUGCCCUAUUCCUAUGUGUUAUCGCGUUGUUCAUCCUUAUUGAAGCACUCGAACGACUCUUCGAUCCACCAAACAUCAACACUGAUCGUCUUUUAUUCGUCGCAAUUUCCGGACUUAUCGUGAAUCUAUUCGGAAUGUAUUCUCUCGGAGAACACGGACAUUCUCAUGGUGGUGGAUCGAGUCAUGGUCAUUCCCAUGGUGGAGGUGGUAGUCAUGGACACUCUCAUGGUGGAGGAGGAAAUGCGAAUAUGCAGGGUGUAUUCCUUCAUGUUCUUGCCGAUACACUUGGUUCUGUAUUUGUGAUCAUUUCGACGUUACUUAUUCAAUGGUUCGGAUGGGUUUGGGUUGAUCCGUUGUGUUCGUUGAUCUUAUCACUUCUGAUCAUUGGAUCAGUGUAUCCAUUGUUGGUUUCAUCGAUUAGUACGUUGUUGCAAGAUGUUCCGGAGGAAGAGGAGUUCGAGUAUCAUAUUAAUGAGAUUUUGGAGAUCGAGCACGUAGAAUCGUAUUCAAAUGCACACAUGUGGCAGCACAAAUCGGAUAUCAACGUGGCAAGUGUACACGUUCAAGUGAAAGAAGAAGCGAAUGCACAAAUGAUUCGACACCGUGUCUCGAAUAUCCUGAAGAGCACUGGAGCCACCCACUCAACUGUACAAGUUGAGAAAAAGACAUUUGCACACAGGAUACAACAAGUGUGUCCUGGAUAUAAAGCUGGUUAUACGGUAGUCCGCGGAAGUGUGAUAAGAGAGAAGAAGCAUGAUCAUUCACAUCACCACGGGCAUUCACACGACGAUCACAGCGGACAUCAUCAUUAAUUUAUUCCAGUAGUAUUUUUUUUCUUCUGAAAUUCACUUAUUUAUAGUCAUUUUUCCCCUUUUUUUCUAGUGUCUUUGCUUUACAUUUCGGGAUAAUUUAUUGUGUUUUUGUGUGUUUUUUCCCUUUUUUUCUCCCCCAAAAACCACCCCAAAGUUCCUUCAAAGAGUUAAUGAAAUUAAUUUAUUUUU